AUGAAGGAAGCGACUAUUUUAAUACUUUUACUAGCACAUCUGAUGCUUGUAGAAGGCGCUAAAACGGAAAAGCUUAUCGUCAUACUGACAAAUGUCGAAAUCACCACCAACACGAGAUACUUAAAUUCAUCCGUAACGCUUAAGCGUUACAAUGUCGCACCGUAUGCGUCGUUCAACAUGUCCAUUACCUCGUUGGCAAAGUUCAACACACUUACGCUCCAGUCCAGCUACUAUGUCCAUUCGGGCAUGAUGGAAAAUCUGCUGUACGAUAGCAAGAUCGAUCUGUGCGCCUUUUUGCACCGUCCGAACGAGCGUUUGGUGAAGAUGGUUUUCGAUAAUCUGAAGCGUCACGGGCAAAUGCCAAGGGGAUGUCCGGUAGAGCCGACCAGUCUUACCUUUGUCAACAUCACACUGAACCACGUCCAUCUGCCAGUGUAUUUGCCCGAAGCAAACUUCAAGCUGGUGGUUAAAUGUUGGCAAGGACUGGGUAAGAUUUUGAUAUUCGAUAGCAGAUGGUACGGUCGUUUGAAGAAAGUGCGCACUAACAACUAA